ACCGUUUGAUUUUCAUGCACACGACACCUUUUGCUUCUCUUCCAUUUAACACUUCUGGCAUAUGAAUCCAAACACGUCUCUCUCUCCCUCUCUCUCCUAACUCCUAUGUUCAAAGCUUCCCUCUCCAAUGCCUUUUUAAACAGUUUCAAACUUUGCAGGGAUUAGAUCACAAGAAGAAAAGAAAAGAAAAAAAGUAACAAAAAAGAGCUAGUUAGGAAUUAUAGAGAUUGCUGAAAAGAGAUUGAAGUUGCAAGAAGUAUCAAAUUUGUUUACUAUAUAAUCUGUUUCUGAUCAAUGGCAGAACUUCUACUAAUCACAUGUCUUUCACUACUUUUUCUUGUUAAUCAAGAGAAUUGACAAAAAGAGAAACACUCUCUUUAUUUUGUAUCAUUUUUUAUUUUACUUUUUGGAUGAUUUUUCUUUUUGGGAGAGUACUUAUGCUUCUAAGAAAUAGAUCAAGAGCAGUGACCAAGCCAAAUUUAAUGGCUGAUCACAGUUCUCAACAAUCUUCCAAUAAUCAAAAUUGUGCUAAAAAAACUAUCCCUUCUUUAUUUGGUUCACCAAAAUUUAUUAGAGAUUUCACCACCAACAAUAACAAUAGUAUUCUCUCAGAAGCUUUGAAAAGCCCAACUUCAAUUCUUGACACUAGAAUGUUAUCCCCUUAUGGUUUUGGUUAUCCACUUUUUUAUGACAACAAAAUCCAAACUGUUCCAAACAAAACAUUCUCAUCAAAAGGCAUUGGUCUUGCUCUUAUAGGUAACCUUAAGGAUGAUGAAUCAAUUGAUGAGAAUAAUUCUGUUGAACAAAACAAAGGAAAUGUUUUGUUUGGAACACAAUUAAGAGUUAAAGUACCAACUUUGCCAUCUCCUAUAUAUUCUCCAUUUGAGUCUCAAACCAAAACCAAAGAUACAAAAAAUUCCAAACUUCUUUCUUUGAGUGAGAUGGAGCUUUGUGAGGAAUAUACUUGUGUGAUCUCUCAUGGACCUAAUCCAAGAACCACUCACAUAUUCGAUAAUUGCGUCGUCGAAGAGAGUUACUGUUCUCUGCCACAAAACAAUUCUAACUCAUCUUAUGGAAAUUUUCUUAGAGUUUGCUACACUUGCAAGAAACAUCUUGAGCAGACAAAAGAUAUAUUUAUUUAUAGAGGAGACAAAGCUUUCUGCAGUAGAGAAUGCAGGCACAGAGAAAUGGUGUUAGAUGGUGUAGAAAGUUUAGAAGAAUUUUGAAAGUACUAAUGCUUAUUCUUGUGGAUGAUGAUUAUUAACAAGAAAAUCAGGAAAGUCAAAACAAAGUUUUCUAUUAUUCCUCAUUAUGAUAUCAUGACUAGAGUGCAUAUUUGGUAUCACCGUAUGUAUGUCGAAGUUACAGAGGCAUCGUGAUUUUGUAGAAACUCUAUAAUAUAUAUUUUUGCAAAAUUCAGUGAGCGUGAUAAUUUCAAAACAACCGUUAAUCCAAACAUGCACUAGAUAGUAGUAAUAGUAGUUUAUUUCAUUGUAAUAAGUAAUUAAGUUCUUUUUAAUUUCUAUUUUUCCUUUUGGAAGGGUUUUUUUGUUUUGUCUUUGAGCUCUCCAAUGGAUGAAUAUAGAGAUAAGAGAGGGUAUUGAGUUAAUUCCAAGUAAUGACUCUUAAUUUGGUUGUUUUUGGUUCCCCCCCCCCCAUUGUUUUAGGAUGAAGCAGAAGAUGAUGUAUGAUUGAAAACAGUGUCUUUUCUUUUUCUUAUUCUUUUGUCAUGAACUUAUGAUAAUGAUGGUGCUGCCUAUUGUAAUAGAUGGGGACCGGUUUAUUAUUUCUCACAAAGAUUCCCCUCAUUGCAUGUAAAGUAUUAGUAUAUUCCUUUAAUGGAUAUGUAUAAAUACAGCUAUAUAUUCAAUCAAAUUUAGGUGAUAUUGCCUAAAAAAA